CCUGUCUAUAUAUAGGACUUUAUUCGCAGUAGUCAGUCAGGUUGCAGAGUCAGUAGCAAGAAGAAGAAGAAGAAAUAUACUGUGUUUGUCGACAAGUAGUAGUCAUAUUGGAUAGUGAAUGUAACAGAAAUUUUUGAAACAUUGAAGAGAGUCAGUCGAUCGUAGAUUGUACAUUUUCGUACGCCCGAACGUGCAAUUUAAAAUACAAUGUCGUGGUUAAAAGACUGCAUUUGGAACUGGUUUCAACUUCUGGCUUUAAGGAUCGUUAAGACUGGCGAAGUGCCUAAACACGUGGCAUUUAUCAUGGAUGGUAACAGACGUUAUGCGAAUAAACAGAACUUGAGCAAAGCAGAGGGAUACUUAAAAGGGUUCCACAAAAUGAUUCAGAUGGUAUACUUGUGCAGAUAUCUCGGUAUUGCAGAAGUCACAGUUUUUGCAUUUAGUAUAGAAAAUUUUAAACGUAGCAAAGAAGAAAUUAAUGUUCUCACAGAUCUUGCCAGACAGGAAUUCAAGGGUCUCUUAGAAAAGAAGGAAGAAUUGAAAGACGAUGGAGUAUGCAUUCGUGUGAUUGGCAAUUUGUCCCUGCUGCCAGCAGAUGUACGCAAAUUAUUUGCUGAAAUUAUGAUUGCUACUAGGGAAAAUAAUAGAAUAAUUUUAAAUGUUGCUGCUGCUUAUACAUCAAGGGAUGAAAUUACUCAUGCAAUUAAGGAUGUAAUACAAGGUGUAAAGGAUGCUGAUAUUUUACCUGAAGACAUUAACGAAGAUCUGAUUACUGAUUGUUUGUACACUUACAAGUCUCCGAAACCAAAUUUAUUAAUUCGUACUUCCGGAGAAACUCGACUUAGCGAUUUCCUUAUGUGGCAAAUCGAUCAUACUUGUCUUUACUUUAGCGAGGUAAUGUGGCCUGAAUUCAGUCCAUGGAAUCUUUUUUGUGCAAUUCUUCAUUAUCAGAGAUGUUAUCCUGACUUGCAAAAAAAUAUAAACAAUUUGAAACCAAUUACGCGUAAUACUAGAGUAUCCAUGUUUCUUGAUAAGUUGUAUAACAAACGUGACAUGGCAAUCGAAAAAAUGUCUCAAUCUAUUCUAGUAGAUAAAGCGUAAUUUAUAUCGUUAAAGGUAUUUAUUUUUUAUUGGUUGUGUUGUCACAUGUACGGUUCCAAAUUUAAUAUGAAAUUUAAUAUUUAAUACUGUCAAAUGGAUAAGUUGUGCUAUCUGGAUAAAUUGUGAAAAGGGAUUUAAAGUUGCGUUAAGGCUCCUGACUAGUCGCAGCGGCCAUGUUGGAAUCGUGACGUCAG